AUUUAAUGCGUUUGACACAUCAUUGUACAAGUCCAAAUUUUCUUCUAUUUAAUCUGUUUUUAUUGAAAGGCGAGGGAGAGAGGUGGGAGGGACAGAGGUGACAGGAGGAGGAAGACAGUGAAAACACGAUAUAACGAUAUGUGAAAGGUUCACCUCGAUACAAAGAGCAUCUGCUCUAUUUUAAUUUGUACUUUGCAAAAUGAAAUGACAGCUGGAGAAGUCUAAUAGCCGGACACCGUUGUUUCAGCUGUCCUUGUGUGAAAAGCGGUUAUCAGAGGAAUAUCAAAACUCAGAUGGGUCAGGGACUGUGGAGGCUGCCUCUCAGACAACAGCAGCAGAUUCAGGAAGAGCUUGCAGACCGACUGGCUGACCAAGGAGGAGGGGGACAAGAGCAAGGGAGAGGUGGAGGUCUCCAGAAAAGAGCCCCUCAGCAUUGUUAUGGCCCUGAUAUCUACCAUCUGCUGAGAACACGUAUGGGAGGUAAAGAGCAGCACGGUUUUAUAGAUUUGGAGAUGUUGCCACCUGAAUUAGGCAUCACCAUACUGUCAUAUCUGAAUGCUACUGAUCUGUGCCUGGCCGGCUGUGUUUGGCAGGAAUUGGGAAAUGACGAAUAUCUAUGGCAGGGGCUUUGUAAGUCCACAUGGGGACACUGCUCCAUCUACAACAGAAGACUACCUGCUGGUUUUUCAUAUAGAAGACUAUACCUAAAACUAGAUGAAGGCAGCCUGACAUUCAAUGCUAACCCACAGGAGGGUAUCAAUUAUUUCAUGUCUAAUGGUAUACUAGUGGAUCAUCCGACUGAGCUGGCUAAGUUCAUCUUCUACACCAGACGGCUCAACUGGAAGAUGCUGAGGAUUUACCUGGAUGAGAGACGGGAUGUCCUGGACGAGUUGGUGACCCUUCAUAACUUCCGUAACCAGUUCCUUCCUAACGCUCUCCGAGACUUCUUCAGACACAUACACGCACCAGAGGAGAGAGGAGAGUAUCUAGAAACCCUCAUCACCAAGUUCAGCCACAGGUUUUGUACCUGUAACCCUGAUCUUGUCCGAGAGCUAGGCCUCAGUCCUGAUGCUGUGUAUGUGCUGUGCUACAGUCUGAUCCUGCUCUCCAUUGACCUGUCCAGCCCCCAUGUCAAAAACAAAAUGUCCAAGAGGGAGUUUAUCAGGAACACUCGCCGAGCAGCACAUAAUGUCUCAGAUGACUUCGUUGGCCACCUGUAUGACAACAUAUACCUGAUUGGACAUGUGGCUGCAUAGCUCCCCCUGCCUGCUGUCCAGUAGAAGUCUUCAUACUGGAUUGAAGAAUAGAAAUUGCUGAUUGGAUUCCUAUUAAUGGCUGGAAAUUAUGGAACAUUGCGAAAAUGGAUUUUCAUGUCCAUAAAUAAAUACAACAAAACAGUCUUUACAGGAAAAGUUUAGACAACUAGUCUAAUUCACCACUGCACCACUGUGAGAAAGACUGCACUACCAAAUAUUGACAAUGUUAUAAGAUCUUAAUCAAAGGUGUGAAAAAUUUGUCUUUUAAACUAAGUCACUGUAAAGACUGACGUUUCAUGUGGAACCAUGAAGGAAAGCUCUGAUACUGCACUGACAGACUACUACUGAUUGGUGGAGGGAUGAGGAGGAGGAGCACUGUCCUCAACCCUUCACAGAUGCCAGGACAGUCAUAUUCAUAUGUAAGACAAGCACUGAUCUGGUCUUCUAGGAAGUGUCAUGGGAUGUUAAUACAAAUCUAACACAAUAUCACUCACUGGCGUCACAAGUGGCAUUUACCAAUGUAACUAAUGACAAAUGUACGUGUGAGAUAAUCUGAACAUCAUUUGACCUUGACACACUGUCCAGUGGUAACAAGCAGAAUGUCUAAGUGUGGUGAUUCAACUAGACCUGGGGCCAAAUGCAUAAAGCUCUGUGUAGAUUCAUGACUAAGAUGUAGCUGCAAAGACAGAAAUGAGCUUGCACAUGGUUUUUGGCAGAUUUAUGAAGCUGUGUGUAUGCCUGGUAAUGUUUUAUAAAUGUAGAAGUACAGCUGCUGGAGCUUUGUUUCCAUUCCCACAAUUAUACAGAAAUGGAUGUGAAAUGAACAUCUGAUUGUUUAUCGAUACUUGUGCCUGCUCUUAUUGGGCUUUUUAUGAGAAAGUGGGCAAAGAGGAAGAAAGUAGAUUUUUAAGGCAUGGUGUUGCAUUAGCAACGUUCUCCAUCAGGACAGCUGUCACUUCACAUGCUGUAAUGCACAGCUGUGGCUAUUUAUAGUGCCUGAACCCAUUCGGCAUCUCUACCUGUACGCUAUCAUCGCAGUUAUAUUUCAGACAUCAGUAUGGAGCAUCAAAGGGGUGAUCGAUGGUUAAUCUAUGAGACCUCCUUUGGAAGUAGAAUUCACAAAGGCUUCACAUUUCAGGAUCAAAUGAAAGAUAAUUUACUUGGACAUAAUGGCUCCAAUGUUAACAGAAAGAUAAAAUUCAGUGAUAUCUUACUGAGAAGACUGCAGGAUAAUAAAACAAUCAGUGAAACAAUGUUUUACUCUGUCCACCUCCUCAUCUUGCAUCAGGAUGCAAGGUUGUCGUUGUCACUGCACAUUCUUCUUUUAUAAACACUAGUUGAGGAGGUAUUAUACAUCUGGCCCCUGGUUUUCUGCUCAUAUUUUGAAGUUUUUUUUCCUCUUCUCAAUUUUAUACUUUUUUCUUUGUGGGUUUCUUGUAUCAGUGUUCCAAGUCUGAUUUAGCCAACUCUACUAACAGCACAAACUUAUUAGAAUUCUAGUUUCAGCCUGAUGAAUGUCAUGUUCACGAAGAGGUAAGUGUACCUAUGAGAACAUAUCAGUAGAAUCAUAAACAUCCCUAAAAAUAUAAAAAGAAUACCUGUUCUGCUCUG